AUGACACUGAUUGCCACCGCAAUCCCACCAUUGCCUGCCUGGGACACGCUUCGACCUCCUGCAUUCCCGACACAUCGUCAUGUUGACACACAGGACAUCAAAAGUGCCACUGCUGCUGAAACUUGUGAACAAAAUAUGGAGUCCAACGGCAGAACGCCGUAUUCAUCGACGUCGACGUCUGAAAUGGACACAUUAGCGUGUGUCGACGAAGACGACGACCGGAAAGUGUCCUCAGAAUCCACCAUAGCCAUCAUUGGCGAUGACGAAACGUCGAAAAGUAACGCAAAGACGAAGGAAUCCGCGGAGAAUCUGUUCAGGUUGAAUGACGAAUGUGGAGGCGACAAGGAGCGUUGUCAGCGGAAUUUUAGCGACACUAAUCAAAAUGGGAAAAAAGCGGAAUGCGGAUUGUCGUGUUUAAGAACGCUAGAUGUCGCUAGAAAUCAAUCCCACCCUACGUGCUCAAUGUCCGGAGUAGGGAAAGGUGACAAUUACUGCCAGGCUGAGAAUUGCUCGGCAGAAAUGAAGCAAGAAAUGCCAGCUGCCAACUUGAAAAGAUGUCACGAUCAAAAUGUGGAAGAUGAUAACAAUUUUCAGACGAAAUUCGUCAAAGGACACCGCAUGAAGCGGAGGAUCAGCCAUGAAUUCAAAUACAGGUCUAAACGCUUCGACACAGUUUCACGACACGGGGAUCGUCGACACUCUCGACAGCGACACGGUUCACGAGGCAGCAGAACUCGUCGCCGAUCUUCCCGUCAGCGCGAAAAGACUGACGAUCCUGGAUUCUUGUCAGUUCUCGGUCGUGGUACCGACUGGACCUUCAAAGUACUGAACCAGUACCUUGUCUUACCGCCUGCCAACCUAGUGUCGACAGUGUAUAACUUCGCAACGCGUGCCGUGAAAAGCGUCACCGUCACUGGCUCAAAUUCAUCGACAUCGCCGCCGGUGUUGGAUGAUGUCGUCAUCCUUCAAGAUGACCCCGAAUCAAAACAUCACGGCAAAAGUAUUUUGCAGAGUUUUGACCCGGAAGUGAUUAAAGAGCCGUGUUGUGCUGCACAUGCGACUCGAAGUGUUCAAGAUGAUAUUCGCAAGUGGAGAAGUCGGUCGCCGAUUCAGCGGACUCAAAUUCAAGACGAUUUGUCCUGAUUAUGAUAAUGAUAAAAAUAACGGGGAAUGGAAUUUACCCAGUUUUAUUCCUUGAAAAAAAAGCUUUUACAUGUUUCACUGUCAAAAUUCUAAGGUCUCAUUUGUUCAUGUUUUAUAUAAUUCUGUGUAACUUUUUUCCUUGAUUUGUUUCUGGUCCGAGAAUUCGACCACAUCGUUCUUUUUUCUUACGAUCUGAUACGAAAAUACGAGGCGAUUGUACAGAAA